ACAGCUACAACCGCCAGUAAAGUUCUGCUCAGCAUGUCGAUUCUCCAGCGAGCGGCAGAGUACUGCGCGACACCUGCGUUUGAGCGCGCGUUUGACGACUUUGCCGCGGAGCAUGCGGCGUCGUUUGGUGACGCGGCCGAGUCCAAGUCGGACGACGUCGAGCACAAGCACGAGUACAAGGAGUUGCAUGCCGAGUACCUGGCGCUGUUUGAAGGUCGUAUUCAAGGGUUUCUCGACAAGGAAGACGUGAGUUCCAAGGACUUUUACGCGGCAUGCGAGCAGGCCAUCGAGUCGUCGAGCCCGAGUGCCGAGACAUACAAGUGGUUUGUGGAUCGGUUGGUGGCGUCGAUGGAUUACAAACUGUUUUACGGACUCAUGCUCAACGAAGCGCGAGCGCAGCUGCGCCGUCGAAAGUAGAGCUCGCGUGUCCCGUGUACGAAUACUAUGUAUGUACAUGCAGAUCCAAUUGAUGGCAUGCUACUGGCCUGGCAAACAUCGACAGUGUACCCCCAGUACAUUAAUACUAAUACAACUACUGUCACUCUAC